AUGAGGUGCAACGCGACAAAGCUGCGGAUGAAGAUGGAGCGAAAGACCCAAGAGCCCCUCAAUAAUCAUGAACGCUACCCUCAUAUUCCGCUGCCACCGCCUGAGAGAAGAGGAGCACCAACAACAUCUCAGGCGUUUGACGCUGCGGUGCUGUUUAAAGCAGCUCCGCUCUCGGAGUCUGGACAAAUCAUAGUACGAGUACCUACCCAUUGGUAUGAGGAAGUCUAUGGGGAGGAGGUUAAGAACAUACACUUCGACGACCAGACCAUACGCAAAGGCUUCAUUCGCAAGGUUUAUUCCAUUCUGCUGGUACAAUUGCUUUUCACCUGUGGUACUAUCGCCCUUUUUCUGUACCACGAGCCAACAAAAAUGUUUGUGCAGAAGAAUCCCGUUGUGCUCAUAGUGGCCGCAGUUCUUAAUAUCAUAGUUCUGAUCAUGAUAGUCUGUAUAGAAGGUGUCCGACGCGCUCAUCCCACAAACCUUGUUUGUCUUGGAAUCUUUACCGUGACAAUGUCUCUGAUGCUGGGCUGCGUUUCCAGCGUAAUGAACGCCAACUUGGUGCUUAUCGCUGUUGGAGUAACCGCGUUCCUGGUCAUCGGCCUGUCUGUUUAUGCCAUUCAAACGAAAGUUGACUACACCGCCAUGGGCGGGGUCCUAGUCACAUUUGUGAUGUGCAUCAUCAUCUUUGGCUUGAGCAACAUGCUCAUGCCGAGCCUCACCGAAAAUAUAGUCAUGUCGUCUUUAAUGGCCAUUAUUGCCUGCUUCUUCCUCAUCUACGAUACACAACAGAUCGUCGGCGGGAAUCACGAAUAUCAGUUCAGUCCGGAGGAAUACGUAUUUGCCGCUCUCACACUGUACGUCGAUGUGGUUCGCAUUCUCGUAUAUAUCCUACGGAUUCUUCAAAAGUUCAACUAG